CGUCCAACUCCUGUUGCCCCCACCCACCACGAUCAAAUGUCAUUCCAGUUCCUUCAAAGGCUUAUCGGACCCGCCCUCGUAACAGUAGGUGUUGCGACGCUACUCCCGGUAGCAGGGUUAGGCUUGUUGACCGUUCUGGGAUUCGGAGCAGGUGGCAUCGUUGCUGGGUCUUUGGCUGCCUCAAUCCAAUCGGCAGUCUACGGCGCGUUCACGUGUGGCGUAUUCGCCACCUGUACGUCUAUUGCCGCAACCGCCGCCGCUCCUGCUGCUGGGGGCAUUGUAGCCUCAGUUCUCUCUAUGGUUGCGGGUCUGGGUCUGUGGCUCUGGUAAGAUGGGGAGAAGGAAGAUAGGCAGAAGUUGUACAGUUAUAUCAUUGCGGCGUUUCUUGUGAUUGGCUCUUAGCUUCAACUCCAGCCGCCUACAUCUUUUUUCUUGAUUUUCCAUUAUGCAAUUUUUAGUUUCAUUAUGCUACCCAAUUUCUACCUAUAUGUAAAUGUAUGCCCACC